AUGGCUCAAGGUAAUUUGAAAUUAAAAUCUAAACAAUCAAAUAGAAUAACUAAAAAGCAACAAAAUCCUAAAAAAGCUGCCCCAAAAAUCAUUAAACCUAAAAAAACCAUUGCUAAAGAAUCAUUAAAACUUACAAAAAUUCAUCUGGGUCAAUUAAUGAAAAGUACUGAGAAAUUAAUUGCUAGUAGAGUUGGUCAUUUAGAAUUAAUUAAAGGUUCAAGAAGACAAGUUGAAAAAGAAAAUAAACAACAAGCCAACAAAAAAUAA